CGAAGCGCUUCGCUAUCGAUCGCAUGGACAGUGGCGCUCAGACAGUUUAAACUUCGCACGAUCAAUCGUUCAAAUUACGUUGCUGUGAUUUCGCUCCCUGGGGAUUGUCUGUCACAACUACAACUACAGCAGGCAGUUUGUUUGUGCGGUUUUGCGUCAUUCGAUUCCGUGCCUUGUUUUGUGAUUGGUGAACGCACUUCACUGAUACACCAUUGGUAAGCCAAAGUAAUCACAUUGUCUCAUUUCACAUUUUAGGUUUUCUUCGGCUAUUCUGUCAGCAUCCUUGAUAAAAGUUUGUAUAUCUUGAGCGGCACUAUUUUUUUCAUCAGUUGAACGACCGGAUAAUGUUUGUACGUCCUUCAGCUGUACGUACCAGCCGUAAUCCUGGUCGUCGCCCCAUUCCACCCAGGAUGCCUGUGAAUGAGGCAAACCGACCACUAUUACGACAGUUUGUACGAAACCGUCGUUCUGAUCCACGUUAUGAAGCCUAUAUCCUGGAGGUCAGGGAAGGACCAGCAGUGAAUGGUAAUACUAAUGCUGCGGCCGGUAAAUCUAUACCUCAACCAUGGGUAACAGUUCGUGACUUUGUACGAGCUAACCAGUCAAUCGGACUUCCCGUCUCAAUCUGUGAUACAUUAUUAAAGCACCUCCUGACUUGUGUGUCCCUUGAGGUACCAGGUCGCGUGGACAGUUCAGAAGACAGCGAGCUAGCAUGCGCCUCACCUACGUCUGCAAAUGAUCCCCAAGCUAACAGUCCUGCUCGAGCUUCGGGUGAUGCCAAUUCACCGGCAACGGGAGACGUAACGUCUGAAGAAAAUUCCCCUGCAAAGAAAAGCCCUCGGCGACUUCAACCGAAGGUGUUUCAACUAUCUCAUCUUACACCGAUACGUAUUGUAUGUGAAGCAACCGGGUGUAUUCUCGAGGUAACCGCGCGAGAUCCAACCGCCAAACGGACGGCCAGUAACCCUGAAGAAUCAGAGCAGGUGGCUCAAGUCGAUCCAUCCAGACGAUGGAUAAUAUCUGCUCCUUUGGCCAAUUCAACUGGUGAACAGACUAUGGACAGUUCCACAGCACCGGGCGGCAAACGGCGGCACCCAUGGGAAACACGUGGCAUCUUGGAGUUGCACGAGAGCCUGAUGCCUCAGCUGUCGGCAUUUUUGACGGAUGUGGUCACACGUUAUCGAUCAGUUAACCAGCUACCGGAGGUACGAUCGCUCUAUAGCGCUUCUGGAGGACGUCGUUUCUUUUUCGAUCUGCGUGAUACGCGAUGGGGAAAGAGACUACAUAUUUCUCAGGUGACAGAUUUACACAGAAACGUUAUUGGUAUACCCCUGGAAGCUUUGGUCAGUUUUCGGGCUCGAUUGGAUAUGAUAAUUAGGAGUCUCAGUUUGGAAGACCAGCAUGUUCUUCGUUCAGAAAUAUUUGGCACCACAUUAGACGGAGCAUCCCCGCGUGGUCAGCGACAAGGAGAUGCGGGUCUACGAGACGGAUCUAACGAAGCUGCCGAAUCGGCUGACGGACAAAGUGGAGGGCGAAAAAGUACAUCAAUGUCGAACGCUCGAAACGAUGGACCUGGUCGCCAACGUGGACGUCGUCGUCAACGCAUACGAAGCUUCACAGCCAGUAAUUCUGGUCCUGGUGGUGGUGGCGGCGGUGGAAUCGCUGGAGCUCCAGGAACCCGGAAUAACGAAAACGCUAGGAAUGGUGAACUCUCCACGGCGUCUGUCGAACAUACAACAGAAUCUAAUCCUAGACGAGGCGGCGUAAACGGCCCAGUUCCGACAGGAGGAGGACCAAAUCAAUGGAAUGGCGGGGCUCCCCGAAGCCGCCGCUUCCCCAGACGCAAUCGGAUUCGUACUUUUAAUCGAACGCGCCGACCACCCCAAGAGGAUACCGAGCACAGUGGACCGACUAGUCAAGCGACAGCUGUACAGUCUGCACCAGAACCAGCAAUCGCCAGCACUCGUGUUGCCCCCGUGGCUGAGGCCAGUGCUUAGAAGAGAUUGUUCUGAUUCCACGCAUGCAGGCACAUUCGGACUGUUGAUCUACAUUCAUACGCAAGGCGAUGUAUCGUCACAACCGUGUCCGGCUCACUUGCAGCCUGUGUACUGAGGCGAUAUCAAUGAGGGCUAACAACAACAACAACAACAAUUCGUAGUUCUGACGUUUUAUCACAUUUUGCUCCAAAAUGCUCGUAAAUCCACUACCGCUUUUAUGCGUUCCAAUCGAACCGCUGCCACCGUUACUAGUUCCACCACUACCAAUCCUAUCGUCACUGACGCUGCUGCUGCCGCUGUUGUUGUUGCUGCUACUGUCAUCACGAGCUUCCUCGUUUUGACCCUAGAUUAUCCUCUCUCUCCCCCCAUGUGUUCAUAACCACACUUGUCAGUUGGUCGAUUCCGAUGACAUUUCGCCUUUUUGCGGUUUCUGAGAUCGCAUGUUUUGCUUGUUCGUCUUUUUCUUCAUCGUUGCCGGGAUGUGACGCUCAAAGUGGAUGAGUGUAUGCAUGCGUGCGUGUGUGUGUGUGCGUGCGUGCGUGUGUAUGUAUCUGUGCGACCAAUCCCGAGUGACAAUCAACCAGCCUAUCCAUAACCCGUUAAACCUCGCUUGGGGUUCCUCAUGUCUUUCCCCCCUCACUUUGCCCCGAAUCCCCUAUCCAUCUCCGCCCCCCCCCCACCCCGGAAAACCCAUGUUUCCUAACUUUUCAGCCGUUUUUGGAGCAAAAAAUCGUUCCAUUGCAUAUUGAUAAGUUAUCGUUUUGGUGGGAUAUAUUUUUGCAUCG